AUGGGCUCCGAGAGUAACAGGACGAUCUGGGAUGCAGAAUUUGAUCCUCAUCAGACUGUGGGCUGGAAGUACGAGAACAAGCCUUUCCUGCAAGUGUGGAAAGAAAACGGAUCAGAGCUUAGCUUAGUUCGCUUCUUCAUGACUGAGUCUGGGGCUGCAAACCGGCUCAUGCCUGAGGUAGAACUAGUUGCGGGCUUUUGCCCCGACGAGACACUGAGUGAACUUGAGCGUGGCCGCUCAUCCCUCCCCCAGGCAAAUGUUGCUCUUCUCGAUGACGGAACGAACGACGGAACGAACUCGAUUUCUCGGGGCUAUCUUGGCCCUCUCACAGCGCGAAAACUAUACCUAGAGCUGAAAAAAGAUCGAUUCCAUUUCGAAAAAGACAAAUCAGCAAGGCGACUACCAGCACACCAGUUGAAUGCUGAUCGCCGCUUACUGUUCAUCACGGACCUAGAUCGCUGGUCGAUGAUGGCUCUUGUUUCAACCCUCUCAAUCCACCAGGCAAGGGCCUUGAGGGACAGCCUUUAUCGAUAUAUGGCGUUUAGAGGGUUUCUUGGGUCUGCAUACUCGAUCAGCGGCCCGUCGACUUUUCAACUAGCCUUUGAUCUUCCCUACUACGCCUUCAGAGUUGCACCCUGCCACAGUCCACCUCACGAUCCCCGGAGGAGAAAGUCGUCAGCUAGUGAUGCUCUUAGAAACAUCACAGAUUUGUCAUUUCUUGUGAGGAAGCCAAAGAGCCUCGUGCCUCCCACCACGAAAGCAUAUCUGUGUGAGGCCCAAACAACCGUUCUCAUCAGCGGGUCAGACCCCUGGAGGUGGGUGGCGUACUGCUUUGUCGAUACCUACUUUGAAAGUGAAGACAAGAGGGAAAGUGUCGACGCUUAUGAUGAGGAGGUGGAAGUUGAUGACGAGUCACACGUGCUCUUUCGACCCGAUCCUUUCACCACCGCGGAAUCGGACGCAAAUCUCCCUGUCUUGAAUCCUCGGGAGUACUUUCUAAUUGUGCUAGAGUCGCGGCUACGACAGGUGAGAGACGAGUGGCACAUCCUCGCAACAAACAUGGGAGACAGUAUCAAUGAAUACGUCAACACCUGCCCCAUCACAAUGACGGAUGCUCUCUCCCCCCCUCCUGAUAACCCCCUUGCCGUGAGACAAUCCCGCGGUUGGGCAGUCCGUACUAAAAAGCUUCUGCGACCCCUGAUCCAGAAGCUGGCAGCCACCAUCAACCAAUUAGAUUCCUUGAAGUCAGACGAAACUUUUGCAACGCUUGCUGGACGCGGACGUCGAUUCAUUUCAGAAAUCGGAAAUCACACCAAACGACUACGGGGAUCAUUGGAAGAUCUCGAGAAUCUCUACAAAGCUUGUAACGAUUACAAUGAUGAUAUCGCCACGCAGUUGUCAUUCUACCUCAACCAUGAAGGGACUCGUGAUGCCAAGACCCAAGCCCAAAUGGCUAGUUUUGCCCAAAACAUGAGUUUUCUUAUUGUGGGUCUUCUGUCGCCCAUUGCAGUGGCAGCUGGAGUACUGUCAAUGCACCAACAGGCCAUUCCUGCGCCCCUUGCCCCAAAUGUCAAGUCAUUCUUUGGCCUGAUCAUCAUUCUCAUGAUUGCAGUGUGGUCAACUAUUGGUAUUAUGGUUCAUUGGAAGCGAAUUUCGCAGUGUAUAACCGAGUUCUUCAAAGGUCUCUUGACUGAUGAUAUGGACUUGGAAAGACAGCAAGAAUGA